AGCAGUUAACUCCUGCUUGAACCAGCAAUGCUGCGUAUCGCUGGGUGCUGCUUACUAGUCCUCCUGGCUUCUGGGCUAGAUAUUGCUUAUUCGGAGAGUAAAUGCGAGCCUGUGUUCGAGUACUUCCCAUACUGCCUGGAUUUUCUCACAGGCUAUUACAAUAAACCAUCAAAAAGAUGUUGUGAUCAUAUCUAUAAACUCAACAGAUUAGCAAAGCGUGGACUCGGAGCACAGUUGAUCUGUUGGUGCAUUGAAUACAUGGUGAGGGGCACAGAGCCUCGAAUAAGGGCUGAUCGGAUUAGUGAACUUCCUACCAAGUGCCAAACACAUCUUAGUUUCCCCAUUUCCGAGUGGAAGGACUGCAAUACGAUUGAAUAAGAGUUUGAAGAUCCGAGGAUGACAGGGCAGCAUGCCUUCUUGAUUGAGAAGUAUAAACUAUAAAGCCAGUCUUAAAUGGUGUGUGUUAGACAACGCAGUCUAAAGAUAUCAGUUUGGUAUAUCUCAAUAAAUUUUCAUAGCAGCAGAAUUUUGAUUACAAGAACUACAUGUAUGAUUCUGUUUUCUUGUA